GAUUAUAGAGGGGUUUCCGUUUCCGGAAGGCUGGCGCGGGUUCUUCAAAACACGAAGAAGAAACGCGCGCGGUAGAUGCAACUGAACCGCCGCAAACUUUGCUUUGAUAUCAACCUUUAUCGCUUUAUGUAGCACGACGGAAACUUGUUCGGUGACGACUGUGAUGAUGCCUACUGCUACCAGGAAGAGAAAGCUCUCCUCUCUGGACUCUGACAGUCACCCAGCCAAGAAGGGGGUGAUAGAGGAGACGUCUCCCUUGAAGAGGAGAUCCCCAAGAAAGCCACUGCCAUCUCCGACCAGAAAGAAGCCGACUGGGCGUCUGGACAAGGAGAACUGUCCCUCGCCACAGAAAUCCCCACGUAGACCAGCAGACUCGCCGGCCAAAUCUCCCCGUAAAUCUCCCUUCAAACCCACUGUGGUUACAAGCUGCUUCUAUGGUAAACAGAAGCCCAUCUAUCUCACUCCGCUGGAGAGGAAGGCGAUAAAGGAGUCUCUGCCACCUCCUCCUCCUCUUCCUCUUCAACCAUCGACUUCCCAGGCGAAAAAGCCACAAAAGAAGAACAAGAAGAAUAUGAAAGGAGGCAACAAGCCGAGAAAGGUGUCUGCAGGAUUGAGUAAUGCAGGGAAGAUGGGUAUCGAAAGCUACACAACCUCUACAAAGACGAUCAAACUGUCGAAGCUUAACAGCAGUGUCACUGCUAAACCGGUAUCCACUACACCUGCUGCUGUUGCCAGCAGCGCUAAACAAGCAGAGUCCAAGAAGGCGAUCACCAUCACUUUCAGCAGCCUGAAGCCUAAACCGAAGAUCUUUGUCGGAGCAGCUUUCUUCAGCACAGGGAAGAAACCCACAUCCAUGUACAAGAAAUCUGCGCCAAAGUCCUUAACCAGGCCAGCUUCAGUCCAGGGGAAAAGUAAAGCUGCUUGCCACAAACAAAGAAUGAGAAAACAACAGCAGCAGCAGCAGCAGCAGCAGCAGUCGUCGUCUGCUCUGGUGAUGAAACAACAGAAGCAGCCCAGAGAGCCGGUGGAGACAGAGGAGAACCAGCCCAGCACCAAGCAGAGGGCAAAGUUUGACCCGACAGACUGGAUGGACUCUGUUAAUGAAGAGCUUGAAAUGCCACAGCCUUUAAGCACUCCUAAAGGCCUGAGAGAGAAGUAUGGGAUUACCAAGGAGGUGAUGAUUAUGGUGUCAAGGACACCAGGCUCUGCAUCUACAGCCUCAUCCACCAACACUCAGGAUGAUAAUCUGACAGACGGAGGUUCUGAGUCCGUCUUCAACCUGAGUGACAUAAGUCCCACCAGCACUGCCUCCACCCCCCCUAAAGAAUCUGCAGCAGUGUAUCCCAUCUUUGGCUCUGCCUCCAAGAGGUUGAAGAAAGCAGCUCUGCAGCCUCCGGUGUCCUGCAGCACCCCCUCUGGCCCAAUGACGUCACUGCAGACGCCCUCCUCCUCAGCUAAGGAGCGAAGUGCUCGCAGGAGGAAAGAAAAGCAGGAUUGUGACCAGCUCAUCAUCGAUGCAGGUCAGAAGCAGUUCGGAGCAACAACCUGCAGCUCGUGCGGGAUGGUGUACAGCGCUGACAAUCCAGAGGACAAUUUUCAACACACCCAGUUCCACCAGCGCUUCCUCGACUCCAUCAAAUUUGUGGGCUGGAAGAAGGAGCGGGUGGUGGCCGAGUUCUGGGAUGGAAAAAUUCUCCUGGUCAUGCCAGAUGAUCCAAAAUACGCCAUCAAAAAGGCAGAGGAUGUGCGUCGCGUGGCAGAUAACGAGCUGGGUUUCCAGCAGGUGACUCUGAGCAGACCCACACAGGCCAAGACCUACCUGUUCAUCAACACAGAGCGGAUGGUGGUGGGAUGUCUCGUCGCUGAACCCAUACGGCAGGCUUACAGAGUCCUCGAGCAGCCAGAUCGACAGAAGGAUAUGACCAAGGACGACUUCAUGGAACGACACAGAGCCUGGUGCUGCUCCACCGUCCCAGAACAAGCUCUGUGCGGGAUCAGCCGGAUCUGGGUCUUCAGCCUGGCCAGACGACAGGGCAUCGCCACCCGCAUGCUGGACACCGUCAGGAGCACCUUCAUGUACGGCAGCCAUCUAACCAAGGAGGAAAUCGCCUUCUCUGACCCGACACCUGACGGCAAACUGUUUGCAACCAAGUACAGCAACACACCAGCCUUCCUCGUUUACAACUUCAUUGCAUGAAGUUUGAAAAGAUUUAAAGCUACAGUUUAAUCAGUAAUGUUCUUAUUGCAUAUGAGCUGAUCAGGCAGGUGUUACUGUUCAGGUUUUUCAUGUCGGCUUUGCCUGGCAUUAGUUUGUACUGACAAGUGUGUGUAAGCUUCAUUUGUACAAUUAUUAUGUAUUCUCUUCAGGAUAAAGUAGCCGUAGUGUUUUUAUGAUGUUAAUACACCUGCUAUCACUCAGUAUUUAUACUCUGUGCUGCCGAAUUUACAGUUGAAUGUUGUGUGUGUAUCGGCAGUGCUUUCAGAUGUUUAUAUUUUUGCUUAAUAAGGAGCUUAAAUCUGGAGAUUCAUAAUGUUCCACAUGUCUGAAUAUUCCCACGUAGCUUGUUUUGAUUCAUUUUGCAUCAAAGAAAACUGGAUGCCUUCUUCUGAAGCGUUCAUUCACAUGUAAAGAUUUUUUUCUUGGUACCAGCUCAAGGUUUUCUGGGCACUUUGGAAGGAAAAUAUGUUUAUAGACACUGACCUGGGUCAGAGGUGGGUGCCAUCAUUGUUUAGGGGCAUUCUGCUUUGUAAAUAGAUUUAAUAAACAUGCCUUUGUUUUAUAAA